AUUCAAUUUGAAAUCAGACACCAAAACUCAAUAAUUCUAUUUCCUUCUCGCUGUACAAAAGAGUGAGCCAAGAAAUGGGGAGCUUCACUGCUCUGUCGGUGCUCUUGUUCUUAGCUGCUGCUUCCCACCAUGCUUUUGCCUUCAGAGAUGGGUUGUUAGACAAUGGCAACUUCGAGAUGGCUCCAUCCGCCUCCGACCUCAAUGGCACCAUUGUGCUCAAGCCCCACGCCAUCCCGAAAUGGCAGAUAUCCGGCUUCGUUGAGUACAUCAAGGCCGGGCAGCAGCAGGGUGACAUGCUUCUGGUGGUGCCAGAGGGAUAUGCUGCUGUGAGGCUGGGGAACGAGGCCUCGAUCAAGCAACUUAUCAAUGUCACAAAGGGGAUGUUCUAUUCAAUAACGUUUAGUGCUGCCCGGACAUGUGCUCAGGAGGAGAGGGUGAACGUCUCUGUAGCGCCCGACUUUGGAGUCCUGCCAAUCCAGACAUUGUACAGCAGCAAUGGCUGGGACUCGUAUGCGUGGGCGUUCAAGACAAGUAGCACCGUGGCUGAGAUCCUUAUUCACAAUCCGGGCGUUGAGGAGGAUCCUGCCUGUGGACCUCUCAUUGAUUCAAUAGCAAUUCGGGCUUUAUACCCUCCGAGUCCAACAAACCAGAAUCUGCUGAAAAAUGGUGACUUUGAAGAAGGUGCCUACAUAUUCCCCAACACAAGCUGGGGAGUCCUAAUCCCACCAAACAUAGAGGAUGACAACAGCCCCCUCCCGGCCUGGAUGGUCGAGUCCCUCAAGGCCGUGAAGUACAUUGACGCAGCUCACUUCUCAGUCCCACACGGCCAGAGGGCUAUAGAGCUCGUGGGGGGAAAAGAGAGUGCCAUCGCGCAGGUGGCCAGGACCAUCAUCGGCAAGACCUACCAGCUGACGUUCGCGGUUGGGGACGCUAGCAACGCCUGCGAGGGAUCCAUGAUCGUUGAGGCGUUUGCCGGGAGGGACACCCUCAAGGUCCCCUACGAGUCCAAGGGCAAGGGUGGAUACAAGCGCGCUGUGCUGAGGUUUGUUGCAGUCAGUGCUCGCACCAGGAUCAUGUUCCUCAGCACCUACUACCACAUGAGGAGCGACGACUACGCCUCCCUCUGUGGGCCCGUGGUGGACGAUGUGAAGCUGCUCAGCGUCCGCCACCCGAGGAGGCUGGCCUGAUGGAUAUACUGAGAGUAGUACUAUUUCUUGUUGCUACAAUGGAUGCUGAUUUUGUUUUGCUUUGUUUUCAUUUUGAUAUGGUGCUAUCAAUACUCUGCCAGAUCCCAAGUUUUUAAGGUGUAACAGUAUAUAUAGAGGAGUGGUGUUUGAUUUUCAGGUGUAUUAUUAAGCCCAAAUAAAUGGGAAAGGGAUUUGGUGGGAAGAGAGUGAUGUGGUUUUAUCAUUUUUGCCAUGGAGGUUGAAUGGCAGAGAUUGAUAUCUACAUUCAGUAUGUCUAUUUUAAGUGUGUGGUUGAGGUUGAGUUGAUUAGAAUCAAAUGAAAUAGCCAAUACUUAUACAAGGA